UAUUUAGACAGAAAGAUGCCUAAAUCAUGUAGAUUCCUUUACUAAUUUUGAGCUGAAUAAAUUUAUGCCUUUUUGUUCAUCUCUUCCGCCUGCAGCAAUUUAACAUUAGUUUAUUCAUCACCCACUAUUUAUGCAUUUCUACAAUAAUAAUUUCCCAAAAAACGCAAUUUUAAGCUCGACUUCACUAUGUAUCUCACAGUUAUUGCGAUUUUGCUAUUUCCUCUGAUAUUUAUUUUCAAGUUUAUUUAUUCAGUGAUUUACAUUCCAAGGAAGUUCGAAAAACACUUUAGAAAGCAAGGAAUCAGAGGCCCUGGCUACCGUCCGAUCUACGGAAACUCAGAGGAAAUCAAACGGCUGAUAAGCGAAGCUGAAUCGAAAUCUGUUCCGUUCAACAACAACGUGUUGCAUCGAAUUGCUCCACAUUACUACAACUGGUCAGCUAUUUAUGGGAAGACUUUUUUGUUCUGGUUCGGGUCGAAGCCCCGAUUGGCUUUGGCUGACCCGAAUAUGAUAAAAGGGCUUUUUAUGAAUAAAGCUGUGGAUAAGGUUGAGUUUGAUCCACAAACUAAGAAGCUGUUUGGAGAAGGGCUUGUUGGUUUACGAGGUGAGCAAUGGGCUUUACAUAGGAAGAUUGCAAAUCAGGGUUUCAAUAUGGAGGUUGUUAAGUCUUGGGUACCGGACAUUGUGACUAGUGUUGUUAAGGCGUUGAAGAAAUGGGAAAAAGAAAAUGAAGAGAAGGAAGAAUUUGAACUAGAUGUCUUCAAAGAAUUGAAUGAUCUCUCAGCUGAGGUUAUAUCUAGAACAGCUUUCGGGAGUAGCUUUGAAGAGGGGAAGCGCAUAUUUGUGUUACAAGAGCAACAAAUAUCUCUUACUUUGCUGGCAAUACGAAGCAUCUACCUCCCUGGAUUUAGAUAUUUGCCCACAAAAAAUAACAUGAUGAGGCGGAGACUAGAGAAAGAAACUCGAGAGUCAGUAAGGAAGCUGAUUGAGAGUAGUAAAGGAAGAGAAAAUUCUAAAAAUCUUCUUAGUUUGUUAAUGUCGGCAAGUGAAGAAGAACAUGGAUUUGGGGUGGAAGAAGUGAUAAAUGAAUGCAAGACAUUUUACUUUGCUGGAAAGGAAAGUACUUCCAUCUUGUUAACUUGGGCACUUCUUCUUCUAGCAUCGCAUCAAGAGUGGCAAGAUAAAGCUCGAGAAGAAGUUUUUCGAGUUUGCAAGGGUAACAACCUUCCAAGUGCAGAGAAUUUGAAUGAUUUCAAGCUUGUGACAAUGAUACUCAACGAGACACUGAGACUCUACCCACCGGUGGUCGCCUUGACAAGAGGAACUUCUAAAGAUAUUAAGUUGGGAGACCUUGAAAUUCCUGCAAAUACUCAAUUUUACGUGUCUCUAGCUGCUGUGCAUCAUGACACUGAGAUAUGGGGGAAAGAUGCACUGGAAUUCAACCCUCAGAGAUUUGCAGAGUCUCGUAAGCAUUUAGCUUCAUUUUUCCCUUUUGCAUUAGGUCCACGAAUCUGUGUUGGGCAAAACUUAGCAAUGGUUGAAGCUAAAAUCAUCCUGGCAAUGAUAGUUCAGAAUUUCUCUUUUGCAUUGUCACCUUCAUAUGUCCAUGCUCCAACUAUGCGCCUUACUUUACAGCCCCAGUAUGGUGCUCCUAUCCUUUUUAGGAAGAUUUAAGUUAAAAUGUACUACUCUUCACUGUGUUAUCAGUUUGUCCAUCGACGAUAUUUAGAUCGUCUAAGCUUCAAUUUCAAACGAGUUGGAUCGAUUUAUGAAUCA